UUUUUUUUGGUGGUUUUGGUAUUUGAUAUUUCAUUUUCCAAUAUAGCGAAAAAAGUGACACAUCUUGUUUUUUACAAUUCUACAGUAAUUUAUAUUCCUUCUUGGCACUUAAUUAUUAUAAAUUGUUUUCAUAAGGUGAAAAUGGAAAUCUUAGUGAAUCCAGAAGAAUUAAUAAUGUGUCCUUACAACAAAUCUCACCAUAUUCAAAGAAAACGAAUGGCAUUUCACUUGGUGAAAUGCAAAAAAAAUUAUCCUGAAUCAAGAAUUGUAAACUGUGAUUUCAAUGUUACCCAUAAAGUACCUGAAGUAGAACUCCAAUAUCACCAUGAGAAUUGCCCAAGCAGGAGAAAUAUAGAAUUGGCAGUCUAUGAAGAAGCUGGUUCCAACACCAACAGGUUUCCUAUCCAGAACCUCAACAUAGAACCAGACGAGUCUUGGGACGAUUGCAAUAAUACUACCUAUGAUGCAAAAGCAAAUUGCGAGAACCGUAAUGUUUUAAGGAAACUUGACGUUGCAUCUGCAGGGAGCAGACGAAACUUUCGCAUUUCAGAGCGUCGAAGAAUCAAUGAAAAUUUUUCAAGUACCGAAUCACGAUCUGAGAACGCCCCUCGAACAGAAUCACACCCUCAAAGAUCUGACUCAUCAAAUAAGGAGACAUUCUCUAAUGUAUCAAGGUCGAAAAGGGACGAGAGAAGUAAAAGACCAGUUGUUUUGCCCGACAUACAGCAAGAGCAAGCUGCAGCAGAACAAUCCGUGGAAGAUAGCAAUGUUGUAUCUGAUUUGAUGGCUAAAAUAAAACUAGGAGCAGGCAAAACAUUCAUCCAGAAAGUUGCUGAAAGAAAAUAGAAGGUUUCAACAUAUCGUUUCUUGACACUUCUUGUUUAAAUUUCAUGUUUGUUUGUUUUUUUGUUAUAUUUCCUUCAAAUCUUUUCGUACCCAUAAUCUACUAGUGAACUGAGAAAAAACUAGCCACCCAUUUUUUUAUGUAGAACCAUAAUUGUUGCUUGAAUAUGCCACCAAUAUUUAAUUGACAACUGGAAGGAGACUUGAAGAACAUAAAAAUGGUAGAAGUGGUCUUUGGAUCAAGCAUCGUUGCAAAAACAAUGCUUCCAGUACUUGUUGAAAAGCUGAAAUUCAAGUAAUAUUUGUGGAUUGAAUAUGGUAGUUAUGGUACUCGCCAAUUAAGAUAGAUUUUGAGGCCUAUUUGAAACCAAAUUAUACCCUUUUCCGGAAGAUAGCCAUUAGUCACACAAACUGAUGUCAACAGUACAUUGACUUAAGUGGGCGGAGUCUUAACACAGAACGAUUUUACGUUCUCAGAACUCAUCUUAGUUGGCACAUACUAGAGCUAUUCCCAAAUUUGUAUCUUCCUCUCUUCAAAAAAAAAGUUUCAGCAACCUAUUAUCCGGACCCGUCCCUAAUGUUGAUAUAUAAUAUCAAAUAGUAGAUGAACAGCACAUUUUGAUUUUUGAAGUAGAGAAGAUACAAAUUUCGAUAUUACGUGUGAUAUCAGCGAUGUUUUUAUUCAUUGGUUCUCUAGGAAAUUUUGUAGAGAAAGUGCAAAACUGUACUUUCUCUUCAGAAUUUUUUUCUCAUCAGUAAGUAAUGUUUCGAUUGCUGUAAAUUUCCAAAAUGUGAAUCUGACCUUAUACAGUUUGUUAGUGCCUUUACAAUUUUUUAAUUUUGACUAGUUUCGACUUGCAAGAACUUAAUAUGUUAUAGUUUCUGGUCUUAGAAUAAUGAUUUUAAGUUUUUAAUACUCUUCAAUAGUUUAUUGUGUUUUAUCUUUCUCAAGUGACAGUUACCAAUGUGGAAAAAUAAUACUUGAAGAAAUAUAUUUAAAAAAAAUUAUUCUUGUA